GGGAGGCCGGCUCGCUGGACGUGUCCGGGGCGCGGCGGCUCUCCGAACCUCGAGCACUGUGAUGGGCGGCGGCCAGGAGGCCAGGUGCCCAUGGCGUCGGAGCGGCGCAGGGUCAGGCACCGCUGGAGCAGCCCUGCGGAAGGGCGUCCCCGCAAGCGCAGCUGCCUCCGGGGCUCCGGUGAUGUGGCCGCCUCCAGCCGGCAGCCUCCUGGCUCUGCGGCGCGCCCCCGAGCGGCCCGCAGCCCCGCGCGCCUGAACGCCCGGGACGACGACGAUGUGGCCUGCGCACCCAGGCCGCCUCGGAGUUCCUCGCGCCGCAGAAAUUCCUCCUCCUCCUCCUCGUCCUCCUCCGCCUCUUCCUGCUCCUCCGGGGCAGGCGUGCGCGGGGCCGCCCAGCGAGGCUCCCUGAGUCGGGGCGCUCGGGGGUGUCCUUCGGCCAAGCCCUCGCUGGAAGAAAUGGCUUCUCUCGAGGAGGACGCCUGCAGCCUUAAGGUUGAUUCCAAAGAUAGUUCUCGUAACUCCAGCAACUCUGAGUUUGCAGUUGAAGCUGAGGGUCAGAAUGAUGUGACAGAGCCAGACAAGGUCCAGAAGAGGAAAAGGGAGAGGCUUCGAGACCAGGGUUCCACUGUCAUCUACCUGAAGGCCAUCCAGGGCAUCCUGGGGACAUCAAUGCCCAAAAGGAAGGGAGAGGCUGCUGCCCCCAGGGUGAAGCCAUGUCUGGGAGAGCAUCCCAGUGGAGAAGGACCAGGACCAGCCCGCAGUGUCACCGUUGCUGCUCCCCGGCAGGAGAGAGCACCGUCCCCACAGGUCAGGGUGGAAGAGGAAAGGCCUGUGCUAGACAAGGGCCACUUCUGUGACAGGAGAGUGGUUAUAGACCCUCAGGAGAAACCCAGUGUGGAGCCACUUGGGGGCCGAAGGACAGGCAUUGACAAACCUGCUCUACCCCCAGAGUUUGUGGAUGAUGCUGACUCCCACCUAGAAAUCCAAAAACAUAAAGACAGGGAGGUGGUGCUGGAGCACCCCUCUUCAGGAAGUGACUGGUCUGAUGUGGACGAGGUCUCCACAGUCAGAUUCUCUCAGGAAGAGACCGUCUCGCUGAAAUACUCAGCAGUUCCAGAGCCUUCUUCCUUCCCCACUGACUAUGUCAUGUACCCUCCUCAUUUGUAUAGUAGUCCUUGGUGUGACUAUGCCAGCUACUGGAGCAGCAGCUCCAAGACUCCGGGGUACCCCUCUGUUUGCGGCAGCAGCAGCCAUGAUACAGCGCAGGCUGGGAAGAGCAGCCGCAGCCUCCAGUGUGACUAUUCCCCCAGCCCCGUAGUGGAUGCCCAGAACAUCUCCAGUGACCUGAAGGCUGCAGAUGAAGGCAGAUCAAAGAAUUCUCGUGCAUUUCAUUUCUCCAGAAACUCCAGAGAAGAGAUGAAGGAGAAAAGAACAUUCCGAGAGGAGACACCACCUCGUUCUGGUGGAGGACAGGUGGACAGGAGCACAUCUGCCUUCCUGCCGAGGAGCCACCGGGAACUAGGCCUGGAGGAGGGCUUCAUUGAUACCCACUGCCACUUGGACAUGCUCUACUCCAAGCUGUCUUUCAAAGGGACCUUCACAAAGUUCAGGAGAAUGUAUAGCAGCUCCUUCCCUAAGGAGUUUCAGGGCUGCAUCUCAGACUUCUGUGAUCCUCGGACACUGACGGAUUGCCUGUGGGAGGAGCUAUUGAAGGAGGAUCAGGUUUGGGGGGCCUUUGGCUGUCACCCUCAUUUUGCACGGUACUAUAAUGAGAGUCAAGAACGAAAUCUUUUGCAAGCCUUAAGGCACCCCAAGGCUGUGGCAUUUGGAGAAAUGGGCCUGGAUUACUCUUACAAGUGCACCACGCCUGUCCCAGAGCAGCACAAGGUAUUUGAGAGACAGCUGCAGCUGGCUGUGUCUCUAAAGAAGCCCUUGGUCAUCCAUUGCCGAGAAGCUGAUGAAGAUCUGCUGGACAUCAUGAAAAAAUUUGUGCCCUUCGACUACAAGAUCCACAGGCACUGCUUCACCGGCAGCUACCCAGCCAUUGAGCCCCUGUUGAAGUACUUCCCCAACAUGUCUGUGGGCUUCACUGCCGUGCUGACUUACUCUUCUGCCUGGGAGGCCCGGGACGCUCUGAAACAGAUCCCUCUGGAGAGAAUCAUUGUGGAGACUGAUGCUCCCUACUUCCUCCCACGCCAGGUUCCCAAAAGCCUUUGCCAGUAUGCCCACCCUGGCCUGGCCUUGCACACGGUUCGAGAGAUUGCCAGAGUCAAAGAGGAGCCUCUGUCCCACACCUUGGCUGCUCUGCGUGAGAACACCAGUCGCCUCUACAGUCUGUAAGCCUGAAGACGCAGCAGGAGCCUUGGAAAAGGGUGACCAGCAGCCUGAUGGAACAUAGGCUGGGUCUGAGCUUUGCCUGUGUCUCAGGUCAAGGAUGUGACUGCAGAGCCCAUGGAUAGAGAAAACCAGAACUGGACCUUGUCCUUGGAACUCCGUGCUAAGGCUUCAGCUCCUUGCCUGUGGGUGGGUGGGGUAUGGGUGAGAGGGCUAAGGGGUUGCCCAGAAUGGCAUCUGGCUUUUUGCCUCUUGGUUUGACUGUCCCAGGGCAGUCCCUGGGCAAAUGCCAUGUGAGGGUAUGUGUCUGUCAAUACAUAUCCCUGUUCUUUGCAGCCAGUGGUUUUGAGCAGUCUGUGAAUAAAGUCAGUCUCCUCAUCUGAGCAUUGUGGGUUUGUAACUCGGAUCCUGCUUCUUGGUUAUAGAAGCAAACUCACAAGUGGGGAGUUGGGAAUGUUCACUAAAGAAACCACCCCUCCUUCCUUAGUACCUUCCAUAUGCUGUCAUUGCCACCGCUGUUGGAGUGGAGGUGUGCAGAGGGCGCUCGGUGUCCAUGGAGAAUCCUGGGCAGAUGGGCUCUGGGGGAAGAACCUUCUUGGGGAUGAGGAACCUGUGGGAGGUGGUGCCUGCUUACUGAGGCUGCCAGGGUUGUUUCCAGGGUGUUAAUUGGUAAGGGUUCAGUGUGCAGCAGAAGUACUUGCUGAUUUGUGAUAUCAUCCUCCAUUUUUGCCACGUUCUCCUGGAACACUGCACCAAAACCAAUCCCUCGUAUUAAGCCUACAUGACUGACUCUAGUGUGCCCUGCCUGUGUCGGCAGCAGAACUCAUUCUUCAAGGCUCCCAGGACCGUGCUGGGCUACUUUGCCUUUGCAUAACAGGCAGUCCUGGCCUUCUCCAGGCGUCUCCCUUGCCUUGUCCUCUCUGUCUUAGACAGAGCCUGGCCUACGACUUGCACGGCCAUGUCAUCUCAAGCGCAGUGCUCUGUAGUCUUCCUGCUGUGCCUUGUAACUGGAAUUACUGUAGGCGCUAGAAGUCCUGGUGGUCAAGGAGUAAGUGGAAGGAGACUCCUGUACUUUGGAAAAUGGUCCUCAUCCUGACCUGCACCCUGGAGUCCCUUGUCUAUUUCUUGGAGGCUUCUGUUAGAAUCCAUCACUGGUUGGAGUUUCUAUCUGGGUAUGAAGGGGGAUUUGAAUGUUGUGGGGCGAAGUGGAAUAGAUACAAUAUUUACUAUCUGGAGUAGCCUGAGAAGUUGGCGUAGAUCACUGUCCAUCUCCAGUGGGUCACCUGUGCCUCAAUUUUGCCUGUGUGGUGAAGUCGGAACUGGAUCCGGAAAGAUAUGGGGGAUGCUUCAUAUAUCUGGUGCUCUAUUGUCAGCCACGUGAACCAGAUCCUGGCCGUCCCAGCUACAGUUCACACUUCUGCUGUCACUGCCUGUGCGCAACCAGUGUACUCUGUGCCGAGGGAUCGGAAGUGACGACUGUGUGAUGUCUCCCACCCUCUGCACUCCCAACAGAACAGCAUAAGGUGCUGUCAGUCUGCUUUUUUCUCCAAGACAGCCACCUUGUGGAUGCUGUUACACAGUGAGACUAGCUGACGACAGAGUUGAGGGCCUUGUUUCUUAUUCUGGGUUUUGGGUGGCUGACUUGUUCUUGCUGUGUAGCCAGAAUGCCUCUGUAUGUCCCUGUCUUUGGCCAUCUCUUUCUGAGAAUAAAGUGAUGGAUCCUCCAGCCA